CUAGCAACCGAAUUUUGACGUUCAACGCUGAUUCACAGUUGCUCUCUCCGUUCUCGUCUUCCUGGCUGUAGCGAGCUGUGCUUGCACCUUUCCAUCGUUUGCGAGACUCUUUUUAACUUACUUCGUUCUAUACUGAUUCUCAGCUGUGCUGCUGUUAAAACCUGGACGGUUUUCUCCAACGAAAAUUCUAACGCCUUUGGUUACGAUGCAAUUCACUACUCUCGUUUCAUUCGCUCUUGCCACUGCUGCCUCUGUGCACGGUGCUCCAGUCCAUAAGCGCAUUGCGCAAGUCAUCGCUGACUCAACUACCAAGUGGGAGGCAGCAUGCGAUACUGCUGGCGGAGGUGCCCAAUGCAACCAAGUUGCUGUCGCGUCCUUCGGCACUCUUCUUGCUGCUCCAGGUCCAUGCGAGCAGCAGGAUGCCGCUGACAACAUGAUUGACCUCGCAAAGACUCUCAAUAACCAUGCAGACAUGAUUACAUUUGCUCAGAUCUUUGCCCAGCAGCCCCGAAACUCUCCUACAUCACAGAGCGUGCCCUAUUGUCAGUCAGCCCCGCGCAAUGCUGAGCUCAAUGGGCUCUUCCAGUGUCAGUUCCAGGGUGAUAAGCCAACGACCUUUGUCGGUGGUAUUGCCGUUGGUGGUAGCGGGACUAUCCCUUUCGGUAUGAGUGCACCCGUCAACCCGGCUGGUUCUUGCCCCGCAAACCCCACCGGUCCCAUCGCUGAUGGCACACAACUCGUGGAUCUCACCCAGAAUCCCGGUGUCGGUGGCACAACUGCCUCCAAUAAGACCACUGAUGGAAGCAAUAGCACCUCAACAGUGGCCACUUCUUCCGCUAUACCUUCGUCUGGUUCUUCUUCGGAUUCUGACUGCGAGGAGGAUCCAACCGAGUCCACACCUACUGCUUCGCCCACCAUGGCAGCUUCUAUCGCCGCCGUCGCAUCCGCAAUGCCCUCAAGCACUAGUGGAAACUUCAAGCUCACUAACGGUCAGGAUGCUCAGAAGCUCAAUGCGCAGUUUGCUACACUAACUGCUACCUCUCUCUGCACUGAGGGUACCAAUGCAUGCGUCGAUAGCGCUUUUGCGCAGUGCGUAGGGGGCACGUAUGUGACUCAAUCUUGUGGGUCUGGUCUCAUUUGCGCUGCCCUUCCUCUCGUCAACUCUGCUGGAACGUCGAUCACCUGCACCACAAAUGCUGAUGCUUUAGCUCGCAUUGCUGCCACUGGCGCGCAGGGCGGCCUCACUGGAUGAGGUUCAUUGAUACAUUUUUUUUCGUUGUGUUUUGAAAUAAUAUGGUAUAUAAACUGUCACUAUGUAGUUAUACUGCUUACAAUAUCUGUAUCAGUAUUGGUGGUGCUAGUCGCUGCAUAAGAUUUGUUGUCCACUGAAGUGUAUGAUCAAUGUUAGUCCCCCCUAGCCAGACCAUAUAGAAUUGAAGACAGUUGUUCCUUAGAAAAAUCACUGACUCGCAGAUAUGGUUAGAUGGAAAGUGGAUUGUUCUACUGAUGGAUAUUGUUCGGGGAUUGCCUCACGGCGAAACAGUCCUCGGACCAAUACCCAUGAGUAGAUAAGACCGAGAUUCGGACAUCCAAGGUUAGAGUACGUCUCGAAUAUCUCAGGCUUCAUAGGAUCGAUGAUAUGACUGAAUGACGAAGAUAGGGCUGUGGAUAAAAUCUGAUGAGAUCUAUGGUUGCAAAAUAGUCGAACCUUUACAGAGCU